CUCCUCCUCCUCCUCCUCCCCGCACCGCUCCCCGCAAAGCGUCGCGCGAGAGCCGCGCGGGCCCGAUGCGGCGGUGCGGGGCGCUGCUGGCGCUGGGGGCGGCCUGGCUGCUGGCCCGCGCCCUCCUGCCCCGCCGCGCCCCGCACCGCCUGCUCCGCGCCGCGGAGCUGGCCCGCUGCCGCGGGGCGCCCGGGCAGCCCGGCCUCUACCUCGCCCUGCUGGGCCGAGUCUUCGAUGUGGAGCGAGGCCGCCGGCACUACGGGCCCGGCGGGGCCUACAGCGGCCUGGCAGGGAGAGAUGCCACCAGAGCAUUUGCGACCGGCGACUUCACCCCGGCGGGACUGGUGGACGACGUCUCGGCGCUGUCAGCAGGCGAGCUGCUGGCCAUCCGGAGCUGGCUGGCCUUCUACCGGGACAACUAUGAGCCCGUGGGGAAGCUGGUGGGCAGAUUCUAUGAUGAAGAUGGGGCACCAACAGAAGCCUUGAGGCAGGCUGAGGCUGCCAUGGAGGAGGCUCUGAAGUUCCAAGCCGAAAGUGAGGAGAUGAAGCAGCGGUUUCCCCCCUGCAACUCUGAAUGGAGCUCUGCAGGGGGCAGCCGGUUCUGGUGCUCCAGGCAGAGUGGGGGAGUGAGCAGAGCCUGGGCUGGAGUUCCCCGGAAGCUCUACCGACCCGGUGCCAGGGGGAGCCGCUGCGUGUGUGUGAGGACUGAGGGUCCCCCCUGGGGCCAGCCCCCCUCUGCCCAGCACCCCGACAGGGGCGACCUGGAUGACCCUCAGCUGGAGGAGUACGAGGGCUGCCCCCCCCUGGCCGAGCAGUGUCUGCUCAGGCUGUGAUCCUGCUGCCACAUCCAGGGGGGCGGUGGGUCCCGCGGAGACCCCGUCCUCAGCGGCAGGGGAGACCUCGGGGAUCCCCCAGCCCAGCAGGAGCAGCAGACAAACAAAUGAGACACCAGAAGGAAACCAACAAGCAUGUCCUGACCUGCCAUGUCUGCGUGCCAGUGAAUCCCUCCAGGGAUGGUGACUCCCCCACCUCCCUGGGCAGCCCCUUCCAGUGCCUGCCCAUCAGUAGACUCCUCUUUUCCUAAUACCCACUCUAAAGUUGAGCCCAGGAAGAAGGGAAGGGUGUGUGUGUGGGGAAAGGUGUUUUAAGGUUUGGUUUUAUUUCUCACCACCAAAUUCUGAUGUGAUAGGUGUAUCAAUUAAAUUCAUUUCCCCAAGUAAAAGUCUGUUUUGUCCAUGAUGGUAACUGGUGAGGGAUCUCACCCUGCCCCUAUCUCAACCCACGAGCCUUUUGUCACACUUUUCUCCCCGUGUCCAGCUGAGAGGAGUGAUGGGGUGGCUUUCAGAGGCAUGUGGUGUCCAGCCAGGGUCAACUAACCACCACAGCUGGCUGUGUAUUUCUCACUACCCAUAUACUCAGGUAGCUGUGACCACCAAGUGAUGCACAACUGGCUUAUCUGUAGGUUUUGGAGCUUCUCUUGUCACAGGCUGGGAAGGUUAGAAAUGGAGGAUUAGAGGGACAGGCCCUCCCUGCUGGGGGACAGAAUCCCAGACAUUGUACUUUGGGUGGGCAGCUGCAGCUCCAUUCCCUUCUGCCUGGGAAAAGGGAGUAACAACAAAGUCAUGGUAUUUGUGACUGAUUUAAGAGGUGGAGUUGAGAGGAGGAGGAACCACUUUAGCCAAAUUAGUGGCUAAAAAUAUGAGAAAGGUGAUACUUUCUUUCUGGGGGGGGUUUCACCAGAGGGGGCAGGGAUAGGACAAGGGGUGAUGGUUUUAAACUGGAAGAGGGGAGUUUAGAUUAGAUAUCAGGAAGAAAUUCUUCACCAUGAGGGUAGGAAGGCACUGGAACAGGCUGCCCAGGGAGGUUGUGGCUGCCCCAUCCUUGGCAGUGUUGAAGGGCAGGUUGGAUGGGGCUUGGAGCAGCCUGGGCUGGUGGGAGGUGUCCCUGCCCAUGCAGGGAGGUUGGAACCUGAUGAUCUUUAAGGUCCCUUCCAACCCAAACCAUUCUAUGAUUCUUUCUUUGUGCUUUAUUCCUGUGGUAUUUUUCCAUCUAAAAAUCACAAAUUGCAAGAUGCAGAGCCUGAAUGAUCUGCAAAAAGUGAGCUGGUGGUGGUGGGUGCUGUGUUCUGAGGCAAGGACAAGAGCUGUGGCAGCACCACCCACCUCAGCUGACUUCAUCUCUGCCUCCUGCAGUCAUGCUAAUGCUCCUUCCCAAUUGCCAUAAUUACUCCAGAGUUUAAAGGUAGCAGGGAGAAGCCUGAAUUUCCCUACAAUUCAGGUAUGUAGUAUCUAGGAACUUGGGCAGUUCAGCUGUACACAAGCUUUAUCAGAUUCUUGGAGUACAGAAGGUGAAGGUCAGAGCUGUUUCCUCAUUAGCUGUUUGUAUUAGAUACUGUGCAAAGAAGAUAUUAGAAGCCACCUACCAGGAUAAUUGUUUUAUAUUAUCUUACCCAUCCUGCUCCUCUGAUUCACUAACAUUACUGAGGUCAGGAAUGGGUAGUUUUACACAGGUGACAACAAAAGCUAUGUGGUAAUGUCUCCUAUUUCCAUCCUGCUACACAACCUCCUCCCUUCUGGUGAGCAGCCAUGCCCUGGGGCAGGAUGUCUCUUCCCAGCUCCCCCUGGAGCCUGUGCACAUUUUAUCACAGCUGGUAAAAUCCAGGAACAUGAAGGGUUCCUGAAGAGCAGGACAAGUCAGGAUCAUUUCUGAGCAGGACUGAAAAGGGCAAGGGACUCCCUGUGUAAGGCUGAUAUGCUGCAAACCCCAGGCUGCAGGGUGGCCCGUGGUGGCUUUUGUGGAGUUGUUGUUGGAAUCUGGUUGCUGGUGCAGCUGCAGCCUCAAGGGACACACACCCAAGCACCCAGGGGCCAGCAGCACCACAGAGCUGUGUUCAGCUCUUUUCUUUAAGGCAGCUGCUACCUCUUCAUAAACAGCUGAUAAAUUCAGUUUGGGGCUACUACCACCUCUGAAGAAGGUCCCAUAAAUUUAAGCAACUAGUUAAUAACUAGUGAGAGGACAAGAGGCCUGGCAGCAUUGCUCCAAAGCAAGAGUAACCCCUUUGCUGCAGGCAGGUAUGUUCAGAUGAGGCUACAGCUGCCAGGAAUGGGAGCCACACAGCACUUUAAAUGUGUACAUACUUAUGGUAAUAAAUGUUUAGGGCUUUGUGUUUU